CGGUGCCACUACGCAGCCAGACUGCGGACCGUCAGGGUUCAGGUCCGAGUUUUCGCGGCGAGCUCCAACCGCGCAACGUGCACGACCACGCUGCCAAUCAAGGACAGCACGAGGGGAAGACUGGAUCGCCUGCCUUCUCCGAGCCACCGAAUCCGCGACAAGAUCUGGAUCGUCGUUCGCAAUAUCGAUCGUGAUUCGAGGAAAAAUUUCAUUCCGAAUUGGAAGAGGAAUUGGAGCUAAAAGACAGUUGGAGAAGGUCAAGUCGAGCAGGCAACGCUCCUUCGAAAACAUCGCACCUCGCGAUGUGCCGCUAAAUAAAUUGUGUGUGUGAAACUACGUGGUGAUCGAGAAGUUUGAACGUGCAGUUGCGUGCGUCGAUUUAUCCGGCCUAUCAGCACGUGGCCCAUAGGAGUGGAAUUUUUUCGGUCUGCGCUUCGCGGACAAUUGAGCGCAGUGAACUCUGUGACAGUUGGCCAAUGGAACGUGUGAUUAAAGCAUUCUCGGUUAAGUGAUAAACUCAAACAGUUAACUCUUUUGACAAUCGUAUAAUUUCAUCACCAGCUGUUUCAAGUCAAGGUGAUUGCGGCGAUUGCUCCGGUUUACUCCGCACUCAUCGAACGUAAAUUUGGAGUAAGUGCGUGGAAUGAGAUAAAUCGCGUUAAGUGCAUACAGAAUAGGUGAAAUCAAAUUAAUUAUAAAGGGCCCAACAAUUUUGACGUAAGGAAUCCAAAUUAAUCUAUUAGCUCCGAAAAGAGAUACGCAUUCUUAAAUAGCGUAUUCGCUUGUCAGCAUUGUCACUGAACAAAAGAAAACUAUGAGACGAGGACUCCGGCUCUAAUAAGUUUCUUAUUAUUGUGACGAGUGCGCUGAUAAUUACGAUACGCGCAUGUUCAUCGCGUGAACACAUCGGUGUUUUUCAACGCGAAAUUAUAUGUUACGGACAACAACUACGAAGUGCAUGGCUUGACGCGCACAAAUAGAAUAAUUAAAACUACAUUACACGUAAGGUGUGCUAUCUACCAAUUAUCUGCGCGGUGGAACUUUAUCGAGGAUCAAUUCGGUACAUUAUUGUUCCGAGAUACCCCGGUCAUCCGCAAUAUCCAGGAAACUGCUCGAAGACAUCUCGCCUUCCAAACUUUCUUUCAACUGUUCAAGCGAAUACAAGAGGAGGUUGGAUCGACCAAAGCAGUAUUUUAUCAAAUUGUGGGCAAUUAACUGUUUGCUUCUUAAUCGCUCCUAAUUAGUCGCAAUUACCCGCAGUAAUUAAGCAGGCUGAUGUCAUCAGCGGCUGAUGUAUUAGUGAAUCGUCCGCUUCUUGACGCUGAUCUUACUAUCAAAACGAACUAUUAAUAUUCGCCGAUAGGAAAAUUACCGAGAGAUCGGCAAGGAAAGCGACAGAAGAAGGAAAUAUUUAGAGAGAAUUUGAAACGAGUCGUGCCUUGGUGUAAGCGUGGCAUCGAAGAGAACGAGAGGGGAAUAGACAUUAGGCUGCCGUUGAUCGACGAGAUCGGCACAAGAUCCCGCGACGGAAUUGCACCGUGGCGAAGAUAAAUAAUCGCCGCUAGAUAAACCCGCGUCAGGACGACGUCCCAAAUACAUCAGUCACAGAUCGCCUCAGAUUACGAGUCCCCGGGAUGCAAGGCUGACAUGGCGGAGGGUUCGGCCGAGGAGGAACAGAGCAGUACCGCUGCGCCCGCUUCCCCGCCAGCUGAUCUUCGCACUCUGAACACCCAAUUGUCGCCGCCUUAUCACCACCAGCCCCAUCUCCAGCCUCGUCUUCAGCAUCUGCAGCAUUCCAACAUGCUGGCGACCGCCGUACCGCCCCGGCACAGCCACAGUAUGCUGUCUCAUCAGGUGAAAGCGGAGGCAGACCUGGACGGCCCCUGCGAUGUGCCAUUGAAUCUCAAGAGCGAGGACAGCGAUAGGAGUAGCAGUGGAAGCCCCGAACCGGCGACAGGCGGUGGUGCGCUUCACGAACAUCAAAUGAUGAUAGAUGACAUGAAGAAUUCACGAAAGAGACGACGGAGCCCAUCACCCGAAAAUCUCCAUCAAGCGAAACGUGCGGCGGUUGCACAAGCACAUCUAAACGGAACGAUGGCCGGUAUGGUGACACUUCAGAAUCUCCAAAAUUUAGCGAAUUUGCAAAAUCUUCCACAAGUUGCGUCACUGGCCGCUGGUCUUCAAGGGAUGACGGCGGGAUUGACUAAUAAUCAGUUAAUUAAUACUCCCUUGAAUCUGACUGUCAGCUCGUCAGGUGGAACGAUACCAACAGCCUCGAGUACGACGGCGGCUUCCCAUCUUCUGCCACCUAGCUCGGCUCCAAUGGCGACGUUACCUCAGCUAUUAUCUCAACCGCAACCGGUUGCGAUGCCUCAAUUCAUCCUAACGUCCGGUCAAUUGGUUCAGGGCAUUCAAGGGGCUCAGCUUCUUAUCCCCACUUCGCAAGGUUCACAGUCAACGGAAAAACAUCAUAGGGAACGACCGGAGCAGUCGUCACCUUUGAACGAAUCCGUUGUGUCCGCCGCAUCCGCUUUGAACAGAUUGGCCGCCAGCAACGGCGAGAUUACUAUCACGACAACGCAUGGACCAGGCGGUGUUGGAGUAAAGGCUUCCCCGAGCAAUAUGCAUAGCCCGAAGGAGGAGGAGGAUGAUCUCUUGAACGAUUCACCGAACCAGCCAACGAUCAAUGAGGCCACUAACAAUGUGGUCGAUGGGAUCAAUUUGGACGAGAUCAAGGAGUUCGCGAAGGUCUUUAAGCUGCGCAGACUGUCUCUGGGUCUGACACAGACUCAGGUCGGGCAGGCCCUAAGUGUCACCGAAGGGCCCGCAUACAGCCAAAGUGCCAUAUGCAGUGCCCUGGCUACCCAGAUGUACGCUGCCUCGCAGAUUGCCUCUCAGCAGCAAGCUACAUUCGAAAAGCUGGACAUUACGCCGAAAAGCGCGCAGAAAAUUAAGCCGGUCCUCGAGAGGUGGAUGAAGGAGGCAGAAGAGAGGUACAAGAGCGGCGUUAAUCAUCUGACGGACUUCAUCGGGGUCGAACCGAGCAAGAAGCGAAAACGACGGACCUCCUUUACGCCUCAAGCUUUGGAACUGCUGAACGCACACUUUGACAGAAACACUCAUCCCACCGGUAAUGAGAUCACGACUUUAGCGCAUCGACUAGGAUACGAUAGGGAGGUGAUAAGAAUCUGGUUCUGUAAUAAAAGACAAGCUUUGAAGAACACGGUGAGGAUGAUGUCAAAGGGCGUCGUAUAGGGAAGGACUACAUCUACCGAUCAACCGAGCAACAUAUGAGAAAAGCUUCAAGCUGAAGCGAGCGAUGAGAAACACGUUUCGUGAAAUUUUUCAAAAAAAUCUCGCGUUUCUUCUAGUAAUAUAAAUAAAUUAAAUCGCGCGUGAGAGAACGACUUUUUCGUGGCAUAUUACGGAACUAAGAAGGAAGAGCAUUCAGCGAAGAAAGACUGUAGUUAUCAAAUUGGAUCCGGCACGGAAAGAUCGUUCUAGAUCGAGGCGAGGUCCUUCGAAUAUUGUGAUCGCAGGUGUAUACGACAUCUAUAUGUAAAUAGCUUUAAUCUACGAAUAUGUAAUGUAUACAUGAGUCGAAUAUCGAAAACUGAUAAUCUAAAAUCGUUGUCUCUCAUUUGGUACCAAUCCGUCGCGCGCUUCCAAUUUUCAUAGAUAUAUAUCUACCAGAGAAUACACACUGUGACUAACUGAUCCAGUUUCGAGUUUCGAACAAACAAGUUAUUGGCAAUUGGUAAGCAUCAACGAACCGAGUAACGUAGGAUUCCACGACGAUCAAAAUUACGUGAAAAGUUUAUCGAGCAACGAUAGAAAAACCGCUCCCAUACGUCUUAAUUAAUUAAUUGCUUGAGUGUGACACAUCGGGACACGUGCGUUUCUCGGAACACAAUCCAUCAAAAUCGGGCGGAAAGGUAUGUAAGUCGUCGCACAGAUAAUAAUUAAUAAAAAAUUAACUAUACCUUCGAAACGGUUAUUUACGAGAAAGCGGCGAACAUUUUAACAGCUACGUGCAAUCGAUACAUAAUCAAAUGGCGUAACGAUCGAGAAUGCACUCAAAAUCGAUGGGUGGCAAUCUUUUGCGCGCAAUAAGAACUAUAACUAAAUUCGAGAACCGAACCUUCAAGGAAAUUAAUUACAUCCGAUCUUGAAAUAUCGUUGUCGCUCGUUGAGUUGCGUAAAAUAAAAAUAUCGCUUAAAUAAUAAAUACAAAAUCUCAUCGCCUCUCUCUAUUGAUUAUAUAAUAUCAAAUCCCUUACAUACAUACACAAUUAAAACGAGCAAUGAUAAUAUUUCUGUUAUAAUUUUGGUAACAGAUCGGUGGAGAGUUUUUAGUGCGCGCGAGAUCUGUAAAUUACACGUGUAUCUAGAAAAAUCAAUGAAAUUCCUUUAGUGACUAAAUAACGCAAUAACGUCUCUGAAAGUAUGCUAUAAACGAUUAUAUACCACACGCCGCUCCUGUGAAGUUGUAUUUGUUAGUCCUGUAGGAAAGAGACGGUUAGGGACAGACGAGAUUCGAGUUUCUGCAAAACUAGUCCGUAAUAAUCUGCCAUAUAAGACGUAUACGUGUUAAACGAGCACGCAUCCUUCGUUCCUAUACAUAUAUGCGCGAUCCGCUUACUCGCUGAAUAACGAUGAAAGCUCGGAUGAAAACUUCGAUUUUACUAGAGCUCGAUUCCGAUCUGCGGGAUACGACGGGAAUCGACGAACAUAAUUCUUCGAUUAUGAAAAACGCUUCUGUAUGUAUGUGUGUAUUGUUCCAUAUUUCUAUCUUGAUUUUAUAAAUCGUAUUUACAAUCGUGCGAAAGAAAGAAAAGUUGAAGGCGGUCAAAUAAUAUUCUAUUCGUGUAUUCCUUCGCGAAUGUAGAUUCGUGUUGCGACAAAUAUUAUAGAUGCGUAAUUUUGAAAUCGAAGAAUUAUUUAUGCAUUAUUACUGUGUCCCUUUUAACAAAAAGAAAAAAAUCAUAAUCAUAAAUAAAUACAUAAAAAUGGCCAUGUAAAAUCGCCCUACACGUCAUAAUAACUAUUAGACGAUUGAUUUGCAUGCGUCGCUACAUACGAACGCAUUAUGUUGUGACGCAGUCAUUUAGCAACAAGCGAUCGACAACCCGCAGUCGUAUUUCCGCGUAAAAGGAUAUUUAAGUGAAGCCCAUAAAAGUACGGUUUUCUUAAUAUUUAGCAGACAAGUACGUUUAAUGAAUAAGAUUGUGCAUAAAAUGUACUUCAUCCUCUUUAUAUAAUGGGCUAUUCGCUACGAUAAUAUCGUGAAAUCUUUAACGUGAUGCGUAGCUAAGGGCGCAAGGGGUAGCCUGUACAUAUUACGAUACAUACAUUGUAAUAUUACAAUUAACUUUUAUUAUAUCAUAGCUACAAAAUAGCUGAAUUCAUGCAAAGAAAAUUUACAUGGUUAAAAAAAUAAUAAAUUUCUAAAAAUAAAACAUAUUUUAAGGUUUUACUUUUAAGAGCCUGAGAUGAGCAAAGUGAUCUGUUCCUAAAAUAUUGUAUUAUACGAGUAAAAGAGAGGAUGAGAGAGAAAGGCACGAGUGGGGGUCGGAAAGAUAUACGAUAAAGUAAAACUCAAAAUUCAAAAUUUUUAUUACAGGGGUAGGAUGUAUAUGUUAUCCUUUUUGAUAAAAAAGCGAAAAUGUUUGUACAGAAAUAUUCCGGUUAUUAAAUUUUGUUAUACGAGAAAGAGAGAAAGAAAGAAUGAAAGGGGGAGAAAGAGAGAAAAAAAGAAAUAAGAGAAAAAGAGCAGAGCGUUAAACGACGCGCGGUAGUGAUAAAAAUAAAAACGCGAAAACAGUUUAAGAAUCAUGUGUAUUUUCUUCGUGAAAUUGAAAUAUUCGAAUAGAUCCUUACGAAAAUAUAAACAUGAGUAUUACAAAAAAACAUGUGAAUUGUAUUCGUGAAUGUCAUAUUUCUAAGGAAGAUAGAUCCACGGGCAAAUGUUUUAUAGCAGUUUCCAGCUGAAUUCUUACUCGCUUUAUCUGGUGAUUUUUGUAAACUAAAAAUAGACAAAAAAUAAGAAAGGAUAGCCCUACGUUACAUAACCGAAUAAUAAAGAAAAAAAUAAACAUCCCUAAAAAAAAAA